AUGAAAAAAGGAAAAAAAUAAAAAGAUUCCAAUAAAAAGUAAGAAGAGUAAAUUGAAAAUUUUUGGAAGUCUUAAAAACUUGACCUAAACUUUAUAUAAGGUUUAAAUCUCAUGAAUGAAUAUUAUCCACAAAAUAAAUAAAUAUUUGUGAAUGAAUAAUUGAAAGUUUAAAAAAGAACUUCCAAAAUCAAAUGUGUGAAAAAAAUAAAUAAUAAUGCUCCGUUAAUUGAUUGUAGAACAAAAUAAGAACCUUAAAAAUUCAAAGAGGCUGUUAAUCAUCAAUAAAUUGAAAUUGAAAAAAUAUAGAUUCUUAAUAAGCCGAUUUCUUAAGAUAUUAGUAACAAUAAUGCUAUUAUUGUUAUAAGUUCUGAUGAAUCAGUAAUAUGUCUAAAUGAUAUAGAUGAUUUAAUUUUAGAUGAUUAUUUAUCAUGUCAUGAUGAUUAAUAAUCUAAAACAUAGGCUUAACCGCAAAUUUAUUAAACAGUUAGAUAACCUCCUUAAAUAUCUAAAUAUUUGAGAAAUGAACCAGAAAAAUCCAGUUUAAACCUUAGUUAACCAUUAUCGGCCAGUUUAGUUUCUAAGUUCAUGAAUGAUGAGUUUGAUUUCUAAAGAAAUUUUGAUGAUUGGAGUUUAAGUAGUUUAGAAUCUAAGACCCCUCCAAUUAAAAUUAAUCAGCAUUACAAUACAUUUUUAUAAUUGUAAAAAUACUUUUCUACAAUUACUGAUCAUUAAUAUGAGGCUUUAUUAUUAGCCUACAAUAACGAUUAUGAACUUGUAUUGCGAAUCUUGCAAGCGGAUUAAAAGUAAAUACAAAGAUUAUUAGAUAAGAAUAAAAAUAGAAAAAAAUUGAAAAUAUGA